UCCUCCUUGCUCUGUACUCAGAGCAGCUCCCCGACGGCGACGGCGCAGCGCUGGGCUGACAGCCCUGCUGCCAGACUUCACCGGUCCCCUCCCCCGGGGCUGAUCAUUAACCCGGAGGCCGUAUAAGGAGCGAGCGGCCUGGGCAGGGGGGACGCAUCGCUGCCGCCGCCAUGGACAGUAGCACCUGGAGCCCGGCGACCACUGCCACUGCAGAGCCCCUCAAGGCCUACGAGCGCAUCCGCAAUGCGGCCGACAUCUCUGUCAUCGUCAUCUACUUCGUGGUGGUGAUGGCUGUCGGGCUGUGGGCCAUGUUUUCUACUAACCGUGGGACUGUUGGAGGCUUCUUCCUGGCAGGACGAAGUAUGGUAUGGUGGCCGAUUGGAGCCUCUCUGUUCGCCAGUAACAUCGGAAGUGGCCACUUUGUGGGGCUGGCGGGAACGGGAGCAGCUGCAGGCAUCGCCACUGGGGGCUUCGAAUGGAACGCCCUGAUUUUGGUGGUUGUGCUGGGCUGGGUGUUUGUCCCCAUUUACAUUAAGGCGGGGGUGGUGACAAUGCCAGAGUACCUGCGGAAGCGAUUUGGAGGCAAGCGGAUCCAGGUCUACCUCUCCGUUCUGUCCCUGUUGCUCUACAUUUUCACCAAGAUUUCAGCAGACAUCUUCUCUGGGGCCAUAUUCAUCAACUUGGCCAUGGGCCUGAAUCUGUACUUGGCCAUCUUUAUCUUACUGGCAAUCACUGCCCUUUACACAAUCACAGGGGGCCUGGCGGCUGUGAUUUACACGGACACCUUGCAGACAGCCAUCAUGCUGGUGGGGUCUUUUAUCCUGACUGGAUUUGCUUUUCACGAAGUGGGAGGGUAUGAUGCCUUCAUGACAAAAUACAUGAAUGCCAUUCCAACUGUGGUUUCUGAUGGAAACACCACUAUUGCUAAAGAAUGCUACACCCCGAGGGCCGACUCCUUCCACAUCUUCCGAGAUCCACUCAAGGGAGACCUGCCAUGGCCUGGGCUCAUCUUUGGGUUGUCUAUCAUCGCCCUGUGGUACUGGUGCACAGAUCAGGUCAUUGUGCAGCGCUGCCUCUCGGCCAAAAACAUGUCACACGUGAAGGCUGGCUGCAUCAUGUGUGGGUACCUGAAGCUGCUGCCCAUGUUCCUCAUGGUGAUGCCGGGGAUGAUCAGCCGCAUCCUGUACACAGAAAAAGUUGCCUGCACCGUCCCCUCGGAGUGUGAGAAAUAUUGCGGCACCAAGGUUGGCUGUACCAACAUUGCCUACCCGACCUUGGUGGUGGAACUCAUGCCCAAUGGACUGCGAGGCCUGAUGCUGUCGGUCAUGUUGGCCUCUCUCAUGAGCUCCCUGACCUCCAUCUUCAACAGCGCCAGCACCCUCUUCACCAUGGACAUCUACACCAAGAUCCGGAAGACAGCGUCUGAGAAAGAGCUCAUGAUUGCAGGAAGGUUGUUCAUCCUGGUGCUCAUUGGCAUCAGCAUCGCCUGGGUGCCCAUUGUGCAGUCCGCACAGAGUGGGCAGCUCUUCGAUUACAUCCAGUCCAUCACCAGUUACUUGGGACCACCUAUUGCAGCUGUCUUCCUGCUUGCUAUUUUCUGCAAGAGAGUCAAUGAGCAGGGAGCCUUUUGGGGACUGAUCAUAGGAUUUCUGAUUGGGGUGUCCCGUAUGAUUGCCGAGUUUGCCUAUGGAACCGGGAGCUGUAUGCAGCCCAGCAGCUGCCCCAAGAUCAUCUGUGGUGUGCACUACUUGUACUUCGCCAUCAUCCUCUUCGUCAUUUCUAUCGUUGUCAUCCUGGCCGUCUCUCUCUUCACCAAGCCCAUUCCAGAUGUGCAUCUCUACCGCCUGUGCUGGAGUCUGCGUAACAGCAAAGAGGAGCGUAUUGACCUGGACGCAGAAGAGGAGGACAUUCAAGAAGCCCCGGAGGAGACCAUUGAAAUAGAGGUUCCUGAGGAGAAAAAAGGAUGCUGCAGGCGGGCCUAUGACCUGUUUUGUGGUCUGGACCAGCAGAAGGGCCCCAAAAUGACAAAGGAAGAGGAGGCAGCCAUGAAACUGAAGAUGACAGACACCUCGGAGAAGCCUUUGUGGCGGACGGUAGUGAAUAUCAAUGGCGUCAUCCUGCUGACCGUGGCUGUCUUCUGCCACGCGUAUUUUGCCUGAGUCCUGCCUUCUGCUGCAGGCUGUGCUUGUGAAGGCUGGAAUCAUUACUCUGUCUCCUUUUAACCCCGUUAUGCAGUGUUGAAGGGACACCAGCCAGUUGUGAAUUUUCCCAGUCGAUAAAUGUGUACAUUUGUAAUUA